AUGAUGGUUAACAAGGAUAAAAUAAAAUUAACAAAUGAUUCAGAUGAUUUUGAGGAAGAUUUUCAAAGUGAAGAAGAAUCAGAUGUAAAUGAAAAAGUUUUUAAUUUCAAAUUAAAAGCAAAAAAUUUGAGUACUCCCCAUGCAAUAGAUGAGGAAGAAUUUAGCAUAAGUGAGGAUAAUGAUGAUGAAAAAGAAAUUGAAAGAGAUGGAGAUUAUGCUGAUGAACCUUCUGGAUCUGAAAAGAGUAGAGAAUCUCAAAUUUUCAAUGAUCAAACAGAAUUUAAUUCCAAUGAAGAAAAUGAUGAUGAGCUUCUGAAGCCUCAUAAAUUAAAUAAAAAGCUUAAAAGAUUCUCUACCGAAGAGCUUGAGAAGGAAAAAAAACGUAUAAGAAAAACAGGUGUUUGUUAUUUAUCAAAGAUUCCUCCUUAUAUGAAACCAGCAAAACUUAGGUCAAUUUUAUCAAAUUUUGGGACAAUAGAUCGAUUGUUUCUCAAACCAGAAGAUUCAACUACUCGUCAUAAAAGAGUUAAAUAUGGGGGAAACAAAAAGAAAAAUUUUACUGAAGGAUGGGCUGAAUUUGUUAAAAAAGGUGAUGCAAAACUUUGUGCAGCUACUUUGAACGGGAAUAAAAUUGGUGGUAAAAAAACGUCGUAUUAUUAUGAUGAUAUCAUAAAUAUAAAAUAUCUACCUAAAUUUAAAUGGAUUGAUUUGACUCAACAAAUAGCAAGAGAAAAUGAUGUUAGACAAGCAAAAUUGACAAUGGAAUUAUCACAACAAAACAAAUUGAAUAAAGCAUUUAUCAGUAAUGUUGAAAAAUCAAAACUAAUUUCUAAUAUACAGAAGAAAAGAAAGAGCAAGAAUGCAGUUGAUAGUUCUUCUGAGGAUCCAAUCAGACGAAACUUUAAACAAAGAAAAAUUACAACUACCAGGAGUGAUGCUUCAGAAAUAGAAAAGAGAGACUUUAAACCCGAUGAAAAGUUGUCAAAAGCUUUAUCUAAUGUAUUUUAA